AUGCCCGGCAAUGUUAUGUUCAAGAUGCUCCGCCACUUCACGACAAAUCAAAGGGCAUGCUUUGAUGUGGAAAGUGCUGACCAUUACUUGUUUUCUGGAACGUCAAAUGGUGAUUUGGUCGUGUUUGAUCUCAAAGACGAAGCAACUGUGAAAAUCCCGGUACUCACCAGAAGGGUGGCAGAGUGCGCGGUACCGUGUGUCAGUCUUCGUGAGAACAAGCCACCACUGGUAGCACUGUGCACCGGUGAGCGGGUGUUUCCGAGACCACUACUUUCACGAUCGCCGUCAGAAUCGGAUUCUGACGAUGAAGAAACGUAUCGUACUAAACGUCACGUUAGGGAACUGGACAAUUCGCUACAGCUGUGGUCAUUUGAACCUUGCCCAUAG